AACUGGAUACGCUACCAAGGCAUGACAACACGUCAUGUCACUGGUCAGGUGUGCUGCUUUCUUUCCUAGACACAGCCACAUUGUCAAGACAGGGAUGAAGUGAUCAACUUCUGAAGGGUUUUUGCUCUCCAGAUUCGCCAGAGCUACUGAAAGGUGAACUGUGGAGAUGGCUAGUGAGAAGGGACCCGGGGAAAUAACUAUGAUUAUGUAUGAACCACGCCGUGACCCCUGCACUCAAGAACCCUCAGCACCACCGUUCUGCAGCCAAGAUGGGGGUUAUGAGUAUCCUUCUCCCCCACCGUACUCCUGUCGAGAAACAGUCACCGUUGAACAACCAGUUUACAUGGUGUCUCAGCCUCCAGUCAUCCUAGCAGGAAUAUUCUCAUGCAAUCCGACAUCCACAAUAUGCCCUUCCUGCCGCCAGCACAUCACCACACGGGUCACCUACAGACUGGGCAGGCUGUCUUACCUGCUGUGCACCAGCUUGUGUAUGGUUGGGUGCUGUUUUGGAUGCUGCUUCAUACCUUUGUUCAUAAGGUGCUUCAAGGACGCAGACCAUUACUGCCCAUACUGCGAAUUUCAUAUUUAUAGAUACAAAAGACUAUAGAAAGAAAGUUCAUACAACCAGAUGACGUCAAGUCUCUGUUUCCUAAUGGCGUAAGAUUCUACAUGUAAAACUACUGUUAGGAAACACAUACGGGUAGGCUUAGGUCGUGCAGCUCCCUUGCUGGUGAACCGUCUGGAGUUACCAUUACAUGGUUGGACUGACUUAAAACAAAAAACCUUGAAGACCAAUUUACAAAGCAUCACUUGAAUUUACGCUCUAUUUGAAUCGCUGUCCUGAGCUGUGAAGUGACCGGCUAGUGAGUACUGCAGUGCUGCUGCUCUCCAAUCUCCAACCCAGCUGGGACACAGACUCUUCUGGACUUUCCAACCCACCAGUAACGGAGAGGUUUGGACAUGCACGUUUUAAAGAAGCACUUACCUUCUAUGCACUGGAACUGACUGGUCGGGACUUCAUUUCUCUCUGAUCUUCUUCGUAUGGGCCCCUGCAGGGCCGUGGGUGGUACAGUGUAGCUCAUUAUUUAUUAAUGAAACACUAACUUAUAAGACUGCCUUUACUCUAUUGUACAUGAGGUAAGAAAAUAAACUUGCUAUUGUCAACAACACUGGUAA